UUCCUCAUGGGAGGCACAUUCUGUAUAAUCUCUCUCUGUACCUGCGUGGCGGGGAUCAACUUCGAGCUGUCCCGUUAUCCUCGCUAUCUGUACGGCCUGCCGGACGACAUCGGCCACGGCUACGGCUGGUCUAUGUUCUGCGCCUGGGGAGGUCUGGGGCUCACCCUCAUCGCUGGUUUCUUCUGCACCCUGGCUCCCUCCGUCCAGCCCAUCCCUCGAUCCACCUGCCCCAAGUCGAGGCAGGAGAACGGGACGGUCUGCUAGAGGGACUGGGAUGGAGGAUAGAGGGGCUGGAGGUCCAGUCCUAGAUAGAUAGCACCUUUAACCACACAGGAC